AUGAACGGCUUGAACCACAGCAGUCAGAACACCAUCCCAAUGAAAGACCACGACGCCAUCAAGCUAUUCAUCGGCCAGAUCCCCCGCAAUCUGGAGGAGAAAGACCUAAAGCCGCUGUUCGAGGAAUUUGGGAAGAUCUAUGAAUUGACUGUGCUGAAGGAUCGUUUCACCGGUAUGCACAAAGGUUGUGCCUUUCUCACAUACUGUGCCAGAGAUUCGGCCCUUAAAGCUCAGAGCGCUUUGCACGAGCAGAAAACGUUACCAGGGAUGAACCGCCCGAUUCAGGUGAAGCCUGCAGACAGCGAAGGCCGAGGAGAUAGAAAGCUCUUUGUGGGCAUGCUGGGAAAACAGCAAACGGAGGACGACGUCAGGAGACUCUUUGAAUCCUUUGGCUCCAUUGAAGAGUGUACCAUUCUUAGAGGCCCUGAUGGAACCAGUAAAGGCUGUGCGUUUGUAAAAUAUUCCUCUCACGCAGAAGCCCAAGCAGCCAUUAACAGCCUGCACGGAAGCCAGACUAUGCCAGGGGCAUCGUCCAGUCUGGUGGUGAAAUUCGCAGACACGGACAAGGAACGCACUCUGCGACGCAUGCACCAGAUGGCAGGGCAGCUUGGCAUCUUUAAUCCAAUGGCAAUCCAGUUUGGCGCAUAUGGAGCCUACACUCAAGCGUUGAUGCAGCAACAGGCAGCUCUAAUGGCAGCAGCGCAGGGCACCUACUUGAAUCCGAUGGCUGCCAUCGCAGCGGCUCAGAUGCAGCAGAUGGCGGCGUUCAAUGUGAACGGGCUGGUGGCAACGCCAAUGACACCGUCAUCAGGCACCAGUACCCCUCCUGGCAUCAAUGCAGCAGCUGUACCCAGCAUAGCUACGCCCAUUGGAGUCAAUGGGUUUAGUGCCAUGCCACCACAGACUAAUGGUCAACCAGCAUCUGACACUAUCUAUGCCAAUGGCAUCCACCCGUACCCAGCACAAAGUCCAACAGUGGCCGAUCCCUUACAACAAGCUUACGCAGGCAUGCAACACUAUACAGGACCUUCGGCCUAUCCAGCAGCUUAUGCUCCCAUUAGUCAGGCGUUUCCACAGCAACCUCCCAUAAUUCCUCAGCAGCAAAGAGAAGGACCAGAGGGAUGCAAUCUGUUCAUCUACCAUCUGCCGCAGGAGUUUGGGGAUGCUGAGCUCAUGCAGAUGUUCAUGCCUUUUGGCAACGUGAUCUCUGCCAAAGUCUUUGUUGACCGUGCCACCAACCAAAGUAAAUGCUUCGGGUUUGUGAGUUUUGACAAUCCUACCAGUGCUCAGGCUGCCAUUCAGGCUAUGAACGGCUUUCAGAUUGGGAUGAAGAGGCUAAAAGUACAACUGAAACGACCAAAAGACGCUAACCGACCAUACUGA